GAUUCAACUCUCAAAUAGUAGCAAACGUGCACUGUACACAAAUAAAACAAAUCGUUUGAGUGUUGUUUAAGUUUUCGUGUGUUGUUUUGGUUUUUACACAUUUUUCUUUUCAAUCGAUCUUAUUUUCAUUUAAUUUGUAUCCUUUGAUUUGAAAUUGAAGUAAAUUCCAUUUCUCCCGCUCAUCCGCAAUCUAUAUCAAUCUAUGUGCAAAUGUAAUAGUUUUAUCAAUAAACGGUCUACGGAUAAUUCUGGGCGAUGAGAAUGACGCACACACGUACCGCGUAAUAGUUAUUCAAAACAAAAAAUCAGAUAAAACGAAAUGAACGCCAGACGACCAGUUAAAUUAAACAGUUGAAACGGAAUCGGAGGAUUCCAAAGCCUUCGUGUUUCCUUGGUGAUUUUUGUGAUACUCAAAUUUAUUGUGAAUGCGUUAGAUACCGACGUCGUUUACGUUUUAUCGUUCCGAUGCAGCUUUUCAAAUCAAUCAAAUACGUCACAUUUUUAGUUAGCAAUUCCAUUUUAAAAAAGAAAAAACGCGAACGAAAUAUCAAGUGCUUAAGUUAGUUUUAAAGAAAAUCGUAAAACAAUAAAUUAACGAAUAGUGAAAUUAGAUAGUAUAACAACAAAUCCGACAAUAAAUUGUAACCAAAAAAAGUAAACUCAAAAAAUCGAAAACCGAAGAGAAUACACCGCAUUAGCAGCUAUACAUAAUGAUUACAUCAAUUUUAUCCCGUUGUAUUAUAUUGAUCCUUGGUACACUUUAUCCGGCCUAUGCCUCAUACAAGGCGGUUCGAAAUAAAGAUGUUAAAGAUUAUCUCAAAUGGAUAAUGUACUGGAUUGUUUUCGCAUUUUUUACAUGUUUUGAAACAUUCACCGACAUAUUUUUAUCAUGGUUUCCAUUUUACUAUGAGCUGAAAGUGGUCAUUGUGAUUUGGUUACUGUCACCAGUUACCGAGGGUAGUUCGGUGCUCUAUCGAAAUUUCGUCCAUCCGAUGCUGACUAAACGGGAAAAGGAAAUCGAUGAGUAUAUCAAUCAAGCCAAAGAGAAAGGCUGUAGUGCUGUUCUUCAGCUGGGCUCGCGAGGAAUGAAUUAUGCAACGACUGUGAUAAUGCAGACAGCGUUAAAGGUGAGUGAGGGUGGCGGAAAUUUGGUAUCAACUUUAAAAAAAAGUUACAGCCUAAGUGAUCUCUCUGAACCGGAUAUGCAACGAUCCCAAGACGAAGUUGAUGAAAUUGUGUAUGGCCGCUCCAAUCAAAUGGUUCAAUAUCGUCAGAUUCAACCAAAUCAGCGAUAUAUGAAAACACGGAUGCAACAUCCAAAUCAAAAUUAUAGCAAUGGAAUAAAUCGAUCUUCAUCGACCAGUAGAAGUGUUGACAUUUACUAUGAUGACAGGAUGACUAGAAGCUCUGACAACUAUGAUUACAUUAGAUCGUCAGAAGACAUAAGUUCCGGCUAUUCCAGUACAGUGGAACCAGUUUCGAUGGCGUUAAGUAGAACAUCAUCGUUAACAAAUGCACCAAGAUUUCGAACGAAAUCCAAACGUACUGAGGAAAAAAGCCUGUCAUCAUCUACAAGUUACUCGACGAUUCCUCGCACAAGGAAAACAGAACGAGAACGAACAAUAAAAACUCGGCUGCGCAAUAGUGACAAAUAUGUUUAGAGAUCUUAAGAUUUAUAGUAGUAACAAAUGUUCACACCGCAUCAAUGGCAUCCUUGUGUCAAAGAAGAAUUUGAAUAAAUCAAGCCAACAUGAUGAUUUUCUUAAGUAAAUCAAUGGCUACAUUACCUUCUGAGUGGCUACCAAUCGCUGCAAAAUACCCGAGAAUUAAAAAUUAAAAAUAUUCAUUUUUUUUUUUAAAUAUUUAACAUGUAAGGAAUUUCACGCUCAAAACCAAACCAAAUAGAAACAUUUUUCCGAUAUUGAUUAUAGUAUUGGUAGCGCAACUUAAAAAUGUCGUUUUUUUGGUAAAAAUAAAACUUUAUUUCAUAAAUUCUGUAAAUAACAUGUCAUUCAAAGUAUUGGCCAUCGGAAGCUAUAACCUUUUCCCAUCUUUCUGGCAGCAUAUUGAUUCCGCGAAAAAAGAACUGCUCAUUUUUUGAGGCUAAGUAAAAAUCAAUCCAAUUUUUGAUACCUUCAAUUGAAGUGAAGUGUACUCCAGACAUGUCAUUCUGCAUCGAUCGAAACAAGUAAUAGUCAGAAGGGGCAAUGUCUGGGCUAUACGGCGGGUUGGGCAAAACUUCCCAUCUACUAGCUUCCAAAUAGUUUUUAAUCGGUUGAGCAAUAUGAUGCCGAGCGUUGUCAUGAUGGAAAAUUAUUGACUCAUGUCCGGUCGCAUAUUCUGGCCGUUUUUCGUUCAAUGCUGCCUUUAAACGGGGCAAUUGUGUUCGAUACAGGUCUUCCGUGAUCGUUUCACCCGGUUCUAACAGCUCAUAAUAGAGGACACCCCUCUCAUCCCACCAAAUACAGAGCAUUUGGUGGAACAUUACCUUAGCACAAUGAAUAUAUUGCUGAUAUUGCUUGGGCGUUUCGUAAUGAAUCCAUUUUUCAUCACCAGUAACAAUUCGAUGCAAAAACGACUUCCUUUUGUGGCGCUCAAGCAGCAUUUCGGACAUGCACAAUCGUCUUUCAACGUCUCUUGGUUUCAAUUCAUGUGGUACCCAAUUUCCUUGCUUUUGAAUGAAUCCUAAUGCUUUUAAACGUUUUGAAAUGGCUUGGUGAGUCACUCCUAAUGAUUUCGCAAGUUCUUCUUGAGUUUGACACGAAUCUUGAUCGAGUAAUACCUCCAAUUCUUCAUCUUCAAACUUUUUUGGCUGCCCAGGACGUUCUUUGUCUUUUGUGUCGAAAUCACCACUUUUGAAGCGCGCAAACCAACGCUGACACAUUCUAACGUCUACAUCAUAGUCGGGAUAGGCUUCAGUGAGUAAACGAUGUGCUUCAGUUGCAUUUUUCUUUAAAUGGAAGAAGUAAAUUAAAACUUGCCGCAAAUGAUCUUUUGUUGGAACGAAAUUCGACAUUUUGAACGCAAUAAAAAACUUGUGUGUAUAAACUUGUAUUCACUUUGACAGAUGGAAUUUAAUAGUUUUUUUGACGCUCUUUAAGAUAAACUUGUUGACACUGUCAAAAAAAUGGCGCGUAUGAUACAUAAGAAGUUGACACAAAUACGACAUUUUUAAGUUGCACUACCAAAAUUUAAAAAAAAAAAAUUCGGCCAAACAACAUAAGAAAAUGUAAUUAAGAUAUAAAUUCCAAUCAUAUAACCAUUUUUUGUGUGUUUUUGUGUGGAAAAAAGAAAAUUAAAGGUGUUACCAUUUACUGAACAUUGAAAAACAUAGCUGAUGCUUGAUAGACAAUUUUAAAUGGAAAAGAAACAGCAACGGCAAAAUGAUAAAUUAAAUGAAAAGUUUAUCUAUUUAUUGAAAUUAUUCCAAGUAGUGAGGUCGAUUCUAUAAAUGUGAUAUCAAUGUAACUCGCGUCUUAGAACCGGCUUUUUCAUUGUACUAUUCCCAGAACUGACCCGGACUGGAAGAGUCACACGGUUGGCACAUAGCCGAUACAUUGUUAUUUGUUGCAAGGAGAAAUAUUUAAAUAUAUUAUUUGAUUCAAAUUAAGUUCUCCGCCCUACAUGUAAUUUCAAGACAAACAAAAAUUGAAUGAAAAUUGUUUUUUUUUUUCAAGUCAAUUAUCUUACUUUUAGUUUAUUUUAAAGCCAUAUUUUAAGAGAAACCGAUUUGAUAUGAAAAUAAAUGAAGAUUGUCAAUUGAAAGAGAGAAAAAGUUUGGCGUUU